AUGCCGAACCUGGCGUGGCUCUGGUCGGAGCCUGAGGCGCUACUGCCGGCUUCUACGCCGUCCCUCCCCGAACUGGCAUGGAACUUCUUUGUCAUGGGCACCACAGCCUUUGGAGGCCCACCAGUCCACAUCAGCAUGUUCAGAGCUCGCUUCGUGGAGAAGUAUGGCUGGCUCUCCAGUGAGCGCUUCGCAGAGCUGUUCGCCAUGGCAAACUGCCUUCCCGGGCCCUCCAGCACGCAGGUGGCCUACGCCAUCGGCAUCACUCAAGGAGGAGUUUUGGGGGGCUUGAUAGCUGGCUUCUGCUUCGUCAUUCCCGGCGCGAUCUUGCUCUCACUGUUGGGCUUUGUGUCCCAGACCCUGUCGGAGCAGAUUGAAGAGCCUGCCUCGCCGGCAAACGCGGUGGCCAUUGCCUGCAGCGCUGUGGGAGUUGCGCUUGUGUUUGUGGCGAUCACUGGUCUCAUCAAGAAGCAGGUUUUUGAAGCCGGCAACACAACCAUCCUUGGUGGAAUUUGCUUCUUCACUGGAGCCAUCUGCCUGCUGGUGCACCCGGCCCCUGCUUGGCUGAAUCCGACCUUGAUCUUCCUUGGUGGCCUAACCACCAUCAUCUAUCCCGCCUCGCCAGACGCUGAAGUGAAACAUGCCCAAGAUACUGGAAAGUCAGGUAUGCCUGUAGCCUUGGCCGUGGGGAUCUUUUUGUUGUAUCUGGCAGUGGCCUCCUUCACCAUCUGGCGGGAUACCUUCGAUCAUGGUUGGGUCAUGCCUUUCCUGACCGCAGGCAUGUUUGUGUGGGGUGGAGGGCCGGUGGUGCUCCCCAUGUUGAUGACCUUCCUGACACCGAGCUGGAUUUCCCCCACGAUCUUCUUGGCUGGCAUCUCUUUCGCCGAGAUGAUGCCAGGUCCUGUCUUCAACAUCUCGUGUUUCCUUGGCAUCCAGCUGGCUCUGAACAGCGGGGUCUACUGGCUCUACGGCAUCGCCUUGUGUUGGGCAGGCCUCAUGGGACCUGGCAUCACCUUGAUCUUCGGAGCAUAUACGCUGUGGGACGAGCUGAGAAAGCAGCGCAUGUACCAGCACGCGCUGCCAG